GCUGUUGGCAGCCUGCAUCUGUUAAUGCACAUUUUGUUUUUCAUUACAGGCUUUUGAACUCCAACUCUCUGGCGACUAUAAGGGAUGAUGCGUUCUCAGGCCUUCCACAUCUGGAGUACCUGUUCAUUGAGGGUAAUAAAAUUGAGACUGCAUCCAGAUUUGCCUUCAAAACACUGAGGGACCUGACUCACCUGUCUUUGGCAAACAACAACAUUAAAGCCUUGCCCAGGGACCUGUUCAGUGACCUGGACUCACUGAUUGAACUGGACCUGCGAGGCAAUGCUUUUGAGUGUGACUGCCGUGCUAAGUGGCUGAUGAUGUGGUUGAAGAACACCAACGCCACAGUAUCGGCAGUUGUGUGCGCUGGACCGGAGGACAUGAAGGACAAGUGCCUCAGUGAUAUGACCAGCCUGCACAAUGAGUGCAUCUCAACAGAUUUCAUCCUCCAUCAGUCUGUGAUGUCCGAGUCUCUGUCUGCUGACACGUUCAGUUAUAAAAACGAUGUUUAUGUGGCUAUUGCUGCUCCCAGUGCAGAGAGCUGUAUGGUUUUCCAAUGGGACCACAUAGAGAUGAACUUCAGGACCUAUGAUAACAUCACAGGUCAGUCCAUUGUGGGGUGCAAGUCAGUUGUCAUCCAGAGCCAGGUGUUUGUCAUCGUGGCUCAGCUCUUUGGUGGUUCCCACAUCUACAAGUUUGAUGAGGACCAGAGCAGGUUCAGCAAGUUCCAGGACAUUGAGGUGUCCAAGAUCUCCAAGCCUAACGACACUGAGGCAUUGCAGAUCAGUUCUGACUGGUUCUUUGUGAUCGCUGACAGUUCGAAGGCGGGCCUGUCCACCCUCUAUAAAUGGAACGAUAAGGGCUUUUAUUCAUACCAGUUGCUGCAUGAGUGGUACCGUGACACCGAUGCAGAGUUCUUGGACUUGGAUGGGAAGGUGCGUCUUAUUUUGGUGAGCCGCUCGCAGGUGCCUGUCAUCUACCAGUGGAGCCGGAGCAGCCAGAAGUUUGUCCUGCAGGGUUAGAUCCCCAACAUGGAGGAUGUGGUAACUGUGAAGCACUUCUGGAUCAAGGAGGAACUGUACCUGGCUAUGACACGCUAUAUCGGAGACUCCAAAGUUCUACGCUGGGGUGCCAAACAGUUUGCAGAAAUCCAGGCCUUGCCCUCACGAGGCUCCAUGAUUCUCCAGCCGUUCUCUUUCAAAGAACGUUCCUACCUGGCCCUGGGAAGCGACUACACCUUCUCACAGAUCUACCUAUGGGAUGAUGACAAGAAAGUCUUUGAGCACUUAGAGGUGUACAUCCAGGCGCCGCGCUCCUUCACUGUGGUUUCCACAGACUGCAGGGACUUCAUCUUGGCCUCUCCUCAGACAGAAAGAUACCAUUUCACAAUGACAAAUGGGGGCAAGGUCAAGAUGGUGGACAUUUGUAAAAUGAGGCUGGUAUUCUCCUAAAACUCCAGCUGACACUUCUGAAGGUGGAGAGAUCUCAAAUACCAUUUGAUCUGCUUGGAUGUACAGUGUAUAUUCUGGUUUAACAUCCCUUACUUAUGUUUUGUACUUAACAAAAGAUGAACCAGGACCUGAGAGAAUGAUCAUAUUACUAUUUUUGUUUUAGUCUCAUUUGGGGCAACUGAAGAUGUAACAGGCGUGGCGGCCACUUCCUUCAUUUCCUCGUACCCUGUGGUGAUGUACAGUAUGUUGCCUUACCAGCACUGGGGUUCUGGGUUCUGGUGGACCCUCAGUGCCUCCCUCUGGCUGUGAUGAGGUAUCACACGCCUUUGAUUUUUCCGUACAGGGAGCAUUUUGAAAGCACAAACCUUUCAGUAUCAUGGCCGAGGUCCCGGUUCUUAGAGCGUAGAUGUGUAGAUGCUAUGGAUUC